UCAGUUGUGAAUCAUUCGUCGAGCGCUGAACAAUGCUGGCUGCUGCGGGUCUGCUCCUCCUGGUGGCGUUCGCCACACUUCUGGUGUGGGAUUACUUUUGGCGGAAGCGGCGCAACGAUAUGCUGCACUAUAUGCCGGGUCCGCGACCACUUCCCCUGCUGGGAAACGUCCUCAUGUACCGCGGCCUGAAUGCCGAGCAAAUCAUGGACUUUGUGAUGAAGAAUCAACGCAAGUACGGUUACCUCUACAAGGUGUGGGUUAUCCACCAGCUGGCCGUCUUCUCCACGGAUCCCCGAGACAUUGAGUUUGUGCUGAGCAGCCAACAGCACAUCACCAAGAAUAAUCUGUACAAGCUGCUCCAUGGCUGGCUGGGCGAGGGAUUGCUGAUGAGCACGGGCAGGAAGUGGCACGGUCGGCGGAAGAUCAUCACGCCCACGUUCCACUUCAAGAUCCUGGAGCAGUUUGUCGAGAUUUUUGACCAGCAGAGCGGCGUGAUGGUGGAACAACUUCAAUCGAGGGCCGAUGGCAAGACGCCCAUCAACAUUUUUCCGGUGGUGUGUUUAACUGCCCUGGACAUCAUUGCAGAAACUGCUAUGGGCACCAAGAUAAAUGCCCAGAUGAAUCCCAAUCUGCCCUACGUAAAGGCCGUCAAUGACGUCACCAACAUCAUGAUCACCCGUUUUAUCCACGCCUGGCAGCGGGUGGACUGGAUUUUCCGGUUGACCAAGCCAUCGGAGGCCAAACGGCAGGAUGCGGCCAUCAAGGUGAUGCACGACUUCACCGAGAACAUCAUCCGCGAGCGGCGUCACACGCUGGUCAAUAGCUCGCAGGGUAAGACGACGCCAGAGGAGCAGGUGGAAGAUGAUCUGGGCCAGAAGCGUCGCAUGGCCCUGCUGGAUGUGCUGUUGCAGUCCACCAUCGACGGGGCUCCGUUGAGCGAUGAGGACAUCCGCGAGGAGGUGGACACCUUUAUGUUCGAGGGCCAUGACACCACCACCUCGGCCAUUUCCUUCUGUUUGUACGAGAUCUCCAGGCAUCCGGAGGUGCAGCAGCGUCUGGUGCAGGAGAUCCGUGAGGUGCUCGGAGAGGAGGAUCGUAGGGGCCCAGUUACACUGCGCGAUCUGGGUGAGCUGAAGUUCAUGGAGAAUGUGAUCAAGGAGUCGCUGCGUCUGCAUCCGCCAGUGCCCAUGAUCGGCCGUUGGUUCGCCGAGGACGUGGAAAUACGUGGCCAGCGCAUUCCAGCGGGCACAAACUUCACCCUGGGCAUUUAUGUUCUCCUCCGGGAUCCGAAGUACUUUGAGCACCCCGAUGAAUUCCGACCCGAGAGAUUCGAGGCGGAUGUUCCCCAGACUCAUCCGUAUGCCUACAUCCCCUUCUCCGCUGGACCAAGGAACUGCAUUGGUCAGAAGUUCGCCAUGCUGGAGAUGAAGAGCACCAUCAGCAAGCUGCUCCGUCACUUUGAGCUGCUGCCCCUGGGUCCUGAUCCCCGGCACUCGAUGAACAUCGUCCUGCGUUCGGUCAACGGCGUCCAUUUGGGCUUGAAACCUCGCGCAGCUUGAGGAGACUUCUCUUAGCAUCUGUGUUUGACUAGAAUAAAUGUGUAUUAUGUGAUAUAUUUCUUGGCAUUUGGGUAAAUUAAAGUGAAAGUACCUUUA